GCAUACAUAUCUGGUUUAAAAAUGUGUAUUUGUUAAUAUCAAAGUAAGUCUUCCAAAUCUGAAGUUCGCAGUAGGUCCUGGCAGUCAAAACUGAAAUUGAAUUGGAUGUGGUUGUGACUCCGACCCUCUGACGUCUUGCAGAUAUUAAUUUGAAAUGCCUCCUGUUGAAGUGAGCAUACGCCAAGGAGUUGCGUUUUUGGGCUUGUAUGUGCUGCUCCUGGCUGCUUUGGUGCGUCCCCAGAUGAACUUCAGCAUAUUCGUGGACUCGUUCUUCCUGCAGGUCAAUCACUCGGUGGUAAUGGUGCUGAGCUACCGGUUUGAUUCCUAUAUGGCGAUGGCCGCCGCACCACUCAGUGCCGUUACGGUGUUUGCCCUUUCCAAGUGGAACGAACGUUGCGAGAAUCCCUCCUCCAGGAAGCUAGUGAUCAUGGGCGUGACAUGCUUGUAUGUCUUGGUGCUGGUGGCCAAUGUCCUGGCCAAUGGAAUAGUGGUUCAGCAGGCGUUGAUCCGCUUCGAUCAAUGUCCGUAUCGGGCGUGGUAUAUGUACAGCCAGAUGGCCAUGUCCUUUAUCAAAUCCUCGAUUGCAGAAGUCCAGGAAGUUUUCACCGGACGGCCUCAACGUCGGUCCCGACUUAUAUAUCGUUUGCAUUAGAGCUACCAGUUUGAAUUAAGAUAUCAUCUCGGAACUGAGGUUCAGCUUUCAAAAGGCAGUGCCUUGGGAUUUUCCCGAUGGGAUGUGACGAGAUGUUAUUGAACCGCCGCAGGAUUAUCAGUACUCGAAGUGACAGCUGGGUGACAAAAUUUGAAAUGUCAGAUCAAUGCGAGGCAAUAAAAUGCAGUGAUUGAUGUGCCAAUUUGUAAUUUGUUAAUUAACAUAUUCCCGCCCCGGCUUAAUUACCGCUGGCCACACAAGCGCUCAAGUUCAGUGGUACAAAGCGAGUGCAAUUAAUAUUUUUAUUACGUACAAUUUGGAUUAAUUGCCGUGCACAUUCACAUGAAUCAUCCCAUCAAAUGUGUGUCAACGCGAGCGCUUCAUAGUCGAGAGCAUCCCGGCCAGAUUUGCAUUUCUUUUGUAUUUAGUCCCUGACGCCACAAACUCGAUCUCCGGCUUCCCCCAAGUGUUCCUGACCUGUGCUCCUCGCCUCAACGUGUGUCACUCACUCCGCGAACCGAACAGAAUCUCAAUCUGAGCAUCUCAGCAUCAGCCUCAGCAUCAGAUUCAGCAUGAGGCUCAGAUUCAUCUCGGCUCAGUUGGAAAUCAAAGUUUGGAAACCGGAUUUGCAUGCCAAUACUCGUAAAGCAAGCGAAGUCUGGCAAACAAAAC